AUUGAUCAUUUGCGGCUUGCUUGUAUGCUUUAGAUUGGUGUUUUUUGUAUGAUUAAUUUGUAUGAGAAAAUUGAUGUUAAACUUUUAUUUUGAAAGAAACUUGUUAUUGUAAAUUUUUACCACAAAAACCCACAGGUACACAUGAACCCGCGGAUACCCAAAAUGUUGGGUUGGGUUUGAGUUUUUCAAACCCUACGGGUUUUGCCCUGGAUUUUUUUGACGGAUAAACCCAUGAGUUUGGAUUUGACAAAACUCGCCCCAACCCGACCCAUUGCCAUCCCUACCUAUACCAACAGUAGUACAGUACCAUAAACCAUGGUUAGAUCCAUGUCAAACAUUGUAGAAGCCCAAUAGGCCCCAAGAAAAGCCCAUUUGCGGGCUCUCUGAACACACAGGAAGAAACGAGGAAGAAGGAAGACGAAAAGGAAAGGAAAGGAGGAACACGAUUUGGGCGAGGAAAAGGGGGGCCAAAAACGCAGGACAGCAAGUUUUUUUUUUUUUUUUUUUGGUGCUAGAAGUUCUUCCUUUGACGUGCACCGCUGGGCAAACCCAGGCAGGCAGGCAGCCCAGCAAAGGCAGAGUUGUGUUGCGUCUGUUGUUUUGGUAGCUAGCAUGUAUACCUGCUCUGCUCCUUCAGAUCAGCGCGGCAGUUAAAGGAAAUCCCCCUCUCUUCGUGUUUCCACCCACAUGUAUUGUUUCCUCCCUUUCAUGCAAUUUCUGCACUCAAAAGCCGCCUUUCCCACAUUUCCAUCAUAUCUAUCCCCCUCCUCCUCGCCUUUUGCUGUCUCUCUCUAUAUAAUCAUAUCCUCAAUCCUCUUAACUCCUGAAUCCAUUCUACUUGCCUAUCUCCACCACAUCACAUGCUUGCUGCUAGCUACUUAAGCAGGUGGUGGAGAAUAAUGGAGAAGAUAAACUCGCAGCUGUACCUGGAGAACUGCUACAUACUCCAGCAGAACGAGAAGCUAAGGAGGAAAGCCCAGCAGCUGAAUCAGGAGAACCAGGCCCUGCUUAACGAGCUCCAGACCAAAAUCUCCUCCAACAAGGGCCAGAAUAACAAUGAAGAUCAUGGGUCAACUUCUUCAACCUCCAAACCACCUGUAGUCAACUCCUCCAAAACCCAUUGAUUCUUCUAUUGUCGAUACCAUCCAUGCCUUGAGGAACAUAUGUAUGGAUUGUCAAGACCGUUUUUUGUUUGUUUGUGUGUGUUUCUGUUGGCUUUCUUGUCUGCAAUUAUUGCACCUGCUGCUGAUCGAUCUUCAAGUUGUAGAUUGGAAUGAAGACAUCAACAGAUAAUUUUCCCUUGGCCUUUUUUACUCUGUUCUGGCAUUUAGUCGUCCAAGACCUCGGUUUAAUUGCCAACUUGCCUUGCAUUGCAAGCACCCCCAUGAAUUGCAGUUUAGGUUCUUCUCUAAUUUUAUCGGAUGCCAUCGAAGAAGAAAGCGUAUUGAAAACAAGCGCCAAGUAUUAACCACAGUUUGGAGGAAUUGGCGUCAUAAUAAUUCGUGACGACGACACCUCCGCUUCGCUUAAUAAAGAUCAAAAUUGGGAACAAUAGCGGUGGUCACAAAAGUUUGCGAGUUAUCAAUAUCUUCUGUGAAAAUACUUCACCUGUUGCAAGUAAUACUCGUGAUCGGUUUAAUAACCGUCGGUAACGUUCGACAACACUGAUCAUAACAAAAUGCACGUUACAACAAAUCAUACUUUUUUCGUCGUUGGAGUUACUUCACCGCCGAUUAGGAUACUUGUGCAUGUGACCGGCCUACAUACCAUCGAUAGAGAUAGAAAUACUCAUUACCAAUGUCCAUACUUUGUGGGAUAAAUUCACCUCGUCAUUAUCUAUAACAAAAUGUGUCUCUUCCGGCAGAAUUGUGGGAUUAUUUCUUAAGCUUAGCAUUAGACUUUUUUUUGUAUUUUCGUAGCUUUGUAAACUAGUUUUGAUAAAUUCAAUUGACUAGAAAGCUUCCUUGCCCUCGGGGAUUCAAUGAGUUAGUUCAACCCCACAAUACAUAAUGUGUCAUUUCCAGCAUGAUACUAGUGAUGUCCCACGAUACUGGAAAUUCCAGGCGUCGUAGUACGGGAGGCGGUUCAAUUUCUUGAUUUUUCACCAACAUUGAAUCGGUUUGAUAGGCCUAUCGAUUUUCCUUAACGUGUACAAACCGAUAAGUCCUUUAAUGGCUUCAACCGAAAAAUUGUCAAUAAAUUGAUAAAAACCAUAUAACAAUAAGAGAUUCAUUUUUUAUUUUUUCGGUUUAUUUUGAUCGAAACCGAAUCUAUCAAGGACCAAUCAGUUUUUGGUUAAACCGUAAACCUAUAAGCUCUUAAAGAUUUCGGUUUCAAUUUUGGGCAAUUGACUAAUUCAAAUUUUGAUUUCUAAUGAGUUCCGGUUCGGUUAACCGAACCCCACCCAAAUGGUAGUUGAUGAAUGGUCUUUUAAGCUAAACCUAAUUUAGGUUGAGGGAGACCAUAGUACAACAUGUAUAGUUUGAUACCCAAAUGUGGAAUCCAACCUCAAUUAUAUACAACUUUCUCACCAGUUUAUCCACGUGACAUGCAGCCAAUGAAGUGAAGCAUGAGUUGGUGUCCUAACUACUAUUCAUUUAUAUUCUUAACAACUAAAUUGAAAUGUACUGA